GGCGCCGUCAGGUUUGAGUUGCGGUUGUGGGGUGAGGUGCGCGCUGGACUCGCCCGGAGCACUGCGAGCUGGGACUUCUCCGCCAGGUGACGCGGAAUGUGAGCCCGUGAGGGCGAGCGAGAGCGAGAGCGACAGAGUGCGCCAGAGACCGCCCGCGGCCGACGCCAGGCCGCCGCCAUGAAUCAAGACGCCAACAGUAACGACCAUGUCAACCAGAAGGAGGAUGUCAAAAACUUCGAGACAGGCCGCAUCAAGGCGCUGCAGGAGGAGCGGCUGCACAUCCAGAAGAAGACCUUCACCAAGUGGAUCAACUCGUUCCUUAUCAAGACGCGGAUGGAGGUGGAGGACAUCUUCAGCGACCUGGCCGACGGCCGCAAGCUGUUGCGGCUGCUGGAGAUCAUCUCCGGCGAGAAACUCGGCAAGCCCAACAACGGCAAGAUGCGCGUGCACAAGAUCGAGAACGUCAACAAGUCGCUGGCCUUCCUGCACACGAAGGUGCGACUGGAGAGCAUAGGUGCUGAGGAUAUCGUGGACGGCAACCCUCGCCUCAUCCUGGGCCUCAUCUGGACCAUCAUUCUACGCUUCCAGAUCGAAGUCAUCGACAUCGACAUCGAUGAGACGAACGAGUCGAGCGAGAAGAAGUCGGCCAAGGACGCGCUGCUGCUCUGGUGCCAGCGGAAGACGGCCGGCUACAAGGGCGUUCAGAUCAACGACUUCUCCUCGUCCUGGAGGAGCGGCAUGGGCUUCAACGCGCUGAUCCACGCCCACCGGCCGGACCUGAUUGACUACGACGCCCUUCAGCCGGGACGCCACCUGGACAACCUGAACAACGCGUUCGAGGUGGCCCAGAAGGACUUGGGCAUCCACCGGCUGCUGGACGCCGAGGACAUUGAUGUCAACAAGCCUGACGAGAAGUCCGUGAUGACGUACGUGGCGUCGUACUACCACACCUUCGCCAAGAUGAAGUCGGAGAUCAAGGGCGGCAAGAGGAUCGCCAACCUGGUGGGUCAGAUGAUGGAGGUGGACCGACUGCAGGAGCGCUACAUCGUGCUCACCUCCGCGCUGCUCGAGUGGAUCCAGCUCAAGAUCACGGUGCUGGAGGACAGGGAGUUCCCCAACUCACUCGAGGGCAUCCAGAAGGAGCUGCUCAAGUUCAAAAGCUACCGAACAGAGGAGAAGCCGCCCAAGUUCCGGGAGCGGAGCGAGAUCGAAGCGCUCUUCUUCGACAUCAACACCAAGCUGAAGGCGCUCAACAAGCCGGCCUUCUCGCCGCCUGAGGGUCGGCUGAUCCACGACAUCGAGAAGACGUGGACGCAGCUGGACAAGGCCGAGCACGCGCGCGAGGUGGCGCUGCGCGCCGAGCUGCAGCGUCAGGAGAGGCUUGAGCAGCUCGCCUACAAGUUCGAGAGGAAGGGCGUACUGCGCGAAGGCUACCUGAAGGAGAUGAUUCAGGUGCUGUCCGACCCGCGCUACGGCAGCAACGUCACACAGGUGGAGGCCACCGUGAAGAAGCACGAGGCCAUCAGCGCCGACAUCCUGGCUAGGAGGGAGCGGUUCGCCGACCUGGUCAGCAUGGCCGACGAGCUGGAGCGGGAGGGCUACCACGGCGCGGCGCGGGUGCGCAGCCGCGAGCAGCAGGUCACCAAUAGGUGGCAGCACCUGCUGCAGCUGCUUGACAAGCACAAGCAGACGCUGUCCAGCUUCUCUAGCUUGAUGACGAUCCUGCGGGAGAUCGACACGGUGACGACCACCAUCCGCGACAUGGAGAGUCAGGUGCAGUCGGAGGCGGCGGCCGGUCACUUGCUGGCUGUCGAGGACCUGAUCCAGAAGCACAGCCUGAUGGAGUCGCAGAUCUCCAGCAUCGGCGAGACCAUCCAGCGGCUCAACAAGCAGGCCAACCAGUUCAUCGCCGCCGGACACAAGGAGACGCCCGCGCUCCAGAAGAGGCUGCAGACGCUCAACGACGAGUACAAACACCUAGUGGACGAGAGCGGCCGACGCAGCGAGCGGCUCGACGAGUGGCGGAGCUAUCUGCAGUUCGUGCAGGACUGCGAGGACGAGGAGGCCUGGCUGGUGGAGAAGCAGCGCAUCUGCACGGCCGGCAUCACCGCCAAGGACCUGCGUGCCGUGCUCGCCAUGCAUCAGAAGCACAAGGCGCUGGAGGACGAGAUGCGGGUACGGCGGCCCAAGACCGACAAGAUCUGCCGAGCCGGCGAGCAGCUGACUGAGGCCAAGCACCCGCAGAGCGCCGACAUCCACGCCAGGAUCGUGAGUCUGAAGCAGAAGUACGCUGAGCUGGAGGAGCUGGCCGCCCAGCGGCGCCGACAGCUGGCCGAGGCCGCCGAGGCUUACCAGUUCUACUCGGACGCCAACGAGGCCGAGUCGUGGCUGAAGGAGAAGAGGCCGCUGGUGGCGUCGGCCGACUGCGGCUCCGACGAGCCCAGCGCCGCCUCGCUGCUCGCCCGGCACAAGGACACGGUGGGCGAGAUCAACGCGUACCGCGACGACAUCACGGCGCUGGCGGCGCAGGCCGAUAAGCUGCAGAAGGCCGGCAUCACCUCCCUCAGCCUGUCCGGGGCACCCGAGCUGGCCGAGGUGGAGGAGUGGAGCCAGGAGACGCGGCUCGUGCCCAAGGAGGUGUGGGAGGACGAGCCGGUGGAGCGCACCGAGCACCGCAUCGUCACCGAGGAGCGCAAGAUCCCGCAGGUCAAGGCGCUCUACCCCUUCCAGGGCCAGGACAUGCAGAUGGCCAAGGGCGAGGUGAUGUUCCUGCUGAGUCGGACCAAUACGGACUGGUGGAACGUGCGCAAGGCCAACGGACAGGACGGCUUCGUGCCGGCCAACUAUGUCAAGGAAGUCGAGCCCAAGCUGGUCACCAUGAAGGUAAAGAAGCCUGAGGUGGUGCGGGAUGUCAAGAAGGUCAAGAAGACCAAGAUGGUGCGGCAGACGGUGCCGGUGAAGCGCACCAGGCCGGCAGAGCCGCGCGAUGACCAGCUCAUCUCGCGCCGCGUGUCGACCAUCGAGUCGUCGUACGCCGAGCUGGGCCGGCUGGCCGACCAGCGCCAGACGCUGCUGCAGGACGCCAUCCGGCUCUUCCAGUUCAACCGCGAGUGCAACGACUUCGAGGUCUGGAUGCGCGACAAGGAGAAGUUCCUCAAAACGGACGAGCCCGCGCAGACAGUGGAGGCGGCGAAGCACGCCUUCGAGAAAUUCCUCACCGAUAUGGUGGCAGCUUCGAAGCGCAUUGACACCAUCGACGAGAUGGUCGCAGAGUUUGUCAAGGAGAAGAACACCCAGAUCGACAAGGUGAAGCAGCGGCAGCGGCAGAUCCACAGUCUCUGGGACCACCUGAACCGGCUGAAGCAGCAGAAGGAGCGCAGUCUAGAGGGUGCUUCCAGUGUGGAGCUGUUCGGCCGCACGUGCGAGGAGGCUUCCGAUUGGAUGAUGGAGAAGAUGGACAAGAUGGAGACAGAGUCGCUGGGCGCCGACCUGAAAACGAUCCAGGCGCUGCAGCGUCGCCAUGAUAACCUGGAGCGCGAGCUGGCGCCCAUCGAGGAGAAGGUCAAACGGGUGGCCGCGCUCGCCAGCUCAGUGAAGGCCUCCUACCCGCACGAGCUGGCCAACGUGACGACGCGCCAGAAGGAGGUGAACUCGCUGUGGGACAAGGUGCGGGAGAAGGCGACGCAGCGGCGCUUGCGGCUCGAGGACGCCGUCGGCACGCAGAUCUUCAUCAACCAGGCGCAGAAUCUGCUGUCGUGGGUGGACGAGGUGAAGGCGACACUGAACGCCAGCGGUCCGGCCACCGACGUCCACACGGCCGAGGCGCUGCUCAAGGCGCACCAGGACCUGGGCGACGACGUGCGCGCCCACCAGGACGAGUACGUCAGGCUCGCGACGCGGCCGCCCGCUGAGCGGCGCCAGAGGAGGCCCAGGGAGCUGGCGGUGCGGCUGCAGGAGGAGCAGCGAGCCAUCCACAGAGGCUGGCAGGAGAAGGACGCCUGGCUGCACCAGCUGCGCGACCUGCAGGUCUUCAACCGCGAGGCUGACCAGAUGGACGCCAUCACCAGCGGACACCAGAAGUUCAUGGAGCUCACAGACCUCGGCGAUUCGCUGGACGCCGUGGAGGGUCUCAUCAAGCGUCAUGACGACUUUGAGAAUACGCUGGCGGCUCAGGACGAGCGGCUGAGAGCGUUCAGCGACACCGCCGACCGGCUGGUGGCCGCCAGACACUACGACAGCAACAGCAUCUCCGAGCGGCGGGACCAGGUGCUGGCGCGCCGGCAGCAGACGCGGCAGCGGGCCACCGAGCGGCACCAGCAGCUGCUGGCCGCCCAGGCCUUCUACGAGUUCCUGGCCGACUGCGACGAGCUGCGGGGCUGGAUCGGUGACAAGGCCCGCUCCGCCGCCGACGACAACUACCGCGACCUCAGCAACCUCGAGCGCAAGCUGCAGCGCCACGAGGCGUUCGAGCGCGAGCUGCGCGCCAACGAGGGCCGCCUGAGGAAGCUCAACAAGGUGGGCCAGGAGCUGGUCUCGCACGACCACUACCAGACACCGGCGAUCCAGAGCACGCUGACGAGCCUGAACGCCGACUGGGAAGAGCUGUGCCGGCUGACGGCCGAGCGCGGCGCCAACCUGCGCCAGGCGGCCGCCCUGCACGGCUACAACCGCACGCUGGACGGCGCGCGCGCCAAAGCUGACGAACUGAGCAAGGCGCUGCAGUCGCAGGACCUGGGCACCGACCUGCGCAGCUGCAAACAACAGCUGAAGAAGCACCAGGCGCUGGAGCUGGAGAUCGGACUGUUCGAGUCGAAGAUCGCUGAGCUCGUCAGCUGCGGCCAGGAGAUGGCGCAGGAGGGACACUUCGACGCAGAGAACAUCGUGGCCCAGUGCAACGCGUCCAAGGACAGGUUCGCCGAGCUGAAGGGGCCGAUGGCGGCCCGGCGGCGGGCGCUGGAGGAGGCGCUGCGCUACCACGAGUUUGCCGCCAGCCUGGACGCCGAACUCCAGUGGAUCGCCGAGCACCAGCCGGCAGCCAGCUCCGAGGCGCUGGGGCUGACGCUGCACGAGGCCCAGAGUCUCUCCAAGAAGCACGCCAAGCUGGAGGCCGAGCUGCGCGGACACCGGCCCGUCAUCGAGAAGGCCGUGCAGACGGGCGCCGCCCUGGCCGCCGAGAAGCGGCCCAACGCUGACGAGAUCCUGGAGCGGUGUCGGGAGCUGCAGACGGCCUGGGAUAACCUGAGGUCGUCCGCUGACCGGCGCGCCAGCCGGCUGGAGCUAAAUCUGGCGGCACAGCAGUUCUUCGCCGAGGCGGACGAGGUGGAGAGCUGGAUGGCGGAGAAAACGAACGUGUUAACCGGAGCCGACUUCGGCAAGGACGAGGACGCAGCCGUCAAGCUGCUCACCAAGCACAAGGCUCUGGAGCUGGAGCUGGACUCGUACGCCGGCCUCGUCAAAGAGAUGAGCUCAGUAGCUGACACCAUGGUCAAGUCCAGUCACCCGGACGCCAAGAUGAUCCAGCAGCGCCAGCACCUCAUCAACCAGCAGCUGAAGGACACGCAGCGGCUGGCCACCCAGCGCCGCCAGCGGCUCGUCGACAGCAAACACCGGCACGAGUACUUCCGGGAGAGCGACGACCUGGAGCGCUGGAUCGCCGACCAGCUGCAGGCGGCUGCCAGCGACGACUACGGCCAGGACUACGAACACCUGCUGAUCCUGCGCAACAAGUUUGAGGAUCUGAAGCACCGCGUGGAGGCGGGCUCGGAGCGCUUCAAUCAGUGUGACGAGCUGGCCAGGAAGCUGAUCGCCAGCGAGAACCCGUACGCAGCGGACAUGGACCGGCGCCAGGACCAGCUGAGAGGCCAGUGGGUGCAGCUGCUGGAGGUGCUGGACGCCCGAGAUGAGAAGCUGACGGCGGCCGGCGAGCUGCACAGGUUCAACCGGGACGUGGCCGAGUCGCUGCAGCGGAUACAGGAGAAGUACGCCCAGAUUCCGGACGACCUGGGCCGCAGCCUGCAGGCGGUGCACGCGCUCAUCCGGCGGCACGAGGGCUUCGAGAACGACCUGGUGGCGCUCGAGGCUCAGCUGCAGGUGCUGGUGGACGACUCGGCCCAGCUGCAGGAAUCGUACCCGACCAACGCCGAACACAUCGCCGAGCAGCAGCAGCUGGUCGUCGGCAGCUGGGACCAGCUGCAUCAGCGCGCCGCUCAGCGCAAGGAGGAGCUGCAGGCCAGCCUCGAGCUGCAGCGUUUCCUCACACAGAGCCGGGACCUGAUGACGUGGGCGGCCGACCUGCGCGCCGGCAUGCUGACCGAGGAGGCCGUGCGCGACGCGGCCAGCGCGCAGGCGCUCAAGACGGAGCACGACCGGCUCAAGGCCGAGGUGGAGGCGCGCGAGGAGAGCUUCACGGCGCUCGUGCAGAUGGCCGAGACCAUGAUCCAGGACGGACACUACGCCUCCCAGGAGGUGCAGGAGAAGCUGGAGCAGGUGCUGGAGGAGCGGAAGAAGCUGCACAGCGCCUGGCAGCAGCGUAAGAUCUACCUGGACCAACUGAUCGACUACCACUUCUUCCUGCGAGACGCCAAACACCUUGACUCGGCCAGCAGUCAACAGGAGGCGGCGCUGUCUAAGGCCGAGUUCGGCACGACCGUGGACUCGGUGGAGGCGGAGGUGCGCCGGCAGGAGGCGCUCGACCGGCUGGUGGGCGUGCAGAACGACCGCCUGUCUCAGCUGUCCGAGCACGGCAGCAAGCUGCUGCAGCAGAACCACUUCCGCAGCCCCGAGAUCAAGCAACGACUGGACGAGUGCGUGGUGCGGCGGCAGAAGGUCAGUGACCUGGCGUCGGAGCGACGGCGCGGCCUCAACGACUCCCUGCUGCACGCCCAGUUUCUGCGCGACUGCGCCGAGGCCGAGACUUGGAUCGGCGACAAGAAGAAGGCGCUGGAGCUGGAGCGGGUCGGCAGCGACGUCACCAGCCUCGAGGAGAAGAUCAAGAAGCUGCAGAAGCACCAGGCAUUCCAGGCCGAGCUGUCCGCCAACCAGCCGCGCAUCGCCGAGAUAAAGGACAAAGGCGAGACCCUGCUGCAGCAGCGGCACCUGAGCUCGCGGGAGAUCCGCCAGCAGCUGGAGGCGCUGCUGGCCUCCUGGCAGCAGCUGCUGGCUGAGAGCUCUCGCGCGGGUCGCGGCCUGGAGGAGGCGCAGGACAUCCUCGACUUCAACAACCAGGUCGAGAAGGUGGAGGCCUGGAUCCGAGACAAGGACAUGCUGGUGCAGGCGGCUGAGACCGGCCGCGACUACGAGCACUGCCAGGCGCUGCAGCGGCGCCUGGACGACGUCGACUCGGACAUGCGCGUUGACGACGUGCGCAUGAAGAACAUGAACGCGCUGGCCGACAAGCUGAUCCGCCAGGGGCAGGGCGACAACCGCGCCGUCCAGCAGAAACGGGACGAGCUUAAUCAGAGGUGGAGGUCGCUGCAGGGCGCGCUCUCCGCCUACCGGGAUCAGCUGUCGGCGGCGCUCGAGGUGCACGCCUUCAACCGGGACCUGGCCGACACGGCCGAGCGUGUCCAGGAGAAGGCGCUCUCGCUCUCCUCCGAGGACACGGGCAACGACCUGGGCUCGGUGGAGUCGCUGCAGCGCAAGCAGGAGGCGGCCGAGCGGGACAUGAGCGCCAUCGAGGGCAAACUCAAGGAGCACGACGUCGAGGCGCGCCGGCUGAUGCAGAAGUACCCGGACCGGGCGGCGCCGAUCCGCGCCCGCCUGCAGGUGGUGCAGGACAGCUGGCGCCGCCUGCAGGCCAGCUGCGACAACCGACGCACCCUGCUCGCCUCCUCCUACACUCUGCAGAAGUUCAACGCCGAUCGGCGCGAGCUCGAGACGUGGGUCGGCGACAUGAUGAACCGCAUGGCCGAGAGCGGCGACGGCGGCGGCGCUGAGCAGGCCGAGCAGCUGCUGCAGCUGCACCAGGAGCGUAAGGCCGAAAUGGACGGACGCCAGGAAGCCUUCAAGCAGCUGAAGGACUUCGGCCACAAGCUGGUGCAGCAGCAGCACUACGCCCGCGACGAGGUGGAGUCGUCGCUGGCGCACCUGGAGGAGCUGCGGCGCACGCUCGGCGCCAGCUGGGAGGAGCGGCGCCACCGGCUGACGCAGGCGCACCAGCGCCAGCUGUUCGACCGGCAGGCGCAGCAGGCACACGCCUGGCUCGCUGCCAAGGAGGCGUUCCUCAACAACGACGACCUCGGGGACUCCAUCGCCAGCGUGGAGGCGCUCAUCAAGAAGCACAGGAGCUUCGAGAAGACGUUCGCGGCGCAGGCCAGCCGCGUCGACGAGCUGGAGCACUCGGCCGUGCAGCUGGUGGCCGGCAAACACUGCGACUCAGAGAGCAUACAGCAGACGCUGCAGGCCGUCUGCCAGCGCAGGGACCGGAUCAAGGAGGCGUCGCUGGUGCGCGGCCAGCGGCUGGCCGAGUCGCUUCAGCUGCAGCGCUUCCUGCGCAACAUCUACGAGUCGGAGACCUGGCUGGGCGAGAAGAUGCAGGUGGCGUGCGACGAGUCCUACCGCGACCCCUCCAACCUGCAGUCCAAGAUCCAGAAGCACCAGGCGUUCGAGGCCGAGCUGCACGCCAACGCCGGCCGCGUGCUCGCCGUUAACCAGGAGGGCGAGGCGCUGAUGACUGCCGGCCAUUACGCCGGCAUGGAGAUCCAGGCGCGGCUGGACGCGCUGGAGGCGCUCUGGCGCCAGUUGCAGGACGAGACCACACUUAAGAAGAAGCGACUCCAGGAGGCGUACCAGGCGCUGCUGUUCCUGCGCACUCUGGACGAGCUGGACGCCUGGAUGGACGAGGCGGAGGCGCAGCUGGCCUCCGAGGACCACGGUGACUCGCUGACAGCCGUCACCAACCUGCUGAAGCGGCACCAGCUGCUCGAGGCUGACAUCCACGCACACGGUGAUGCCGUUCAGCAGGCCAAGGAGACGGCUGCCCAGUUCGGCCGCUCGCAGCACUUCCAGCGCGAGGAGAUCGCCGAGCGGGCCGGCCAGGUGGCGCAGCGCUUCUCGGGGCUGGCCGAGCCGCUGCAGAUCCGACGCGACAACCUGGAGGAGGCGCUCCAGCUGCACCAGUUCAUCAGAGACGUGGAGGACGAGAUGAGCUGGCUAGCGGAGAAGGAGCCAAUGGUCACAUCUGCCGAUCUGGGCACUUCGCUGGCCCAGGUGCAGAGCCUGCAGAAGAACCACCAGGCGCUGGAGGCCGAGAUCCAGUCGCACGACCCCGUGAUCGCGGCGCUGGGCAGCGCAGCCCAGCAGAUGAUACGCGCCAACCACUUCGCGGCCGGCGAGGUGGAGCGCCGCUGGCGGCUGCUGCAGGAGCGGCACGGCCAGCUCCGCGACGCGGCCAGCGUGCGCCGGCUCCGGCUGCUGGACGCGGCCGAGUCGCAGCAGUUCUACGCCGAGGCCGAGGAGGCGGACAAGUGGAUGAGGGAGCGGAAGCCGCUGCUGACCUCGCAGGACACGGGCAGGGACCGCGAUGCCGUCACGUCGCUCAUCAAGAAACUGGACCUGAUCGAGCGCGACAUCUCAAACUAUAACCAGGUGAUCGCCAAGCUGUCGCAGCUGUGCCAGCGGCUGUCGGACCGCGGCCACUUCGACGCCGAGCCGGUGUCGGCGCGCCGCGCGGAGCUGGAGCAGCAGUACGCCGAGCUGGUGGCGCUGCUGGAGACGCGUCGUCAGCUGCUGCAGCAGAGCCAGCGGCUCUUCCGCUUCCUGGCCGAGGCGGACGAGGCGGCCGACUGGGUGUCAGGCCAGAUGCAGGCGGCCGCGUCGGAGGACUACGGACGCGACGUCGAGCACGUGGAGCUGCUGAUCAACAAGUUCGAGACGUUCCUGAGCGGGCUGCAGUCGAGCGAGGAGCGCGUGACGUCCGUGGAGGAGAGCGCCCGUCAGCUGGUGGCCGCCGAGCACCCGCAGCCGGAGCGGGUGCUGCAGAGGGCGGCCGACCUGCGCCAGAUGUGGGACGACCUGCGCGAGCUGACUCAGGCCCGCCAGGAGGCUCUGCUGGGCGCCAAGCAGGUCCACGUGUUCGACCGGGACGCCGACGAGACGAUCGGCUGGAUCGCGGAGAAGGAGGCUGCCCUCUCCACAGACGACUACGGCCACGACCUGGACUCGAUCCAGGCGCUGGUGCGCCGGCACCAGGGCUUCGAGCGGGACCUGGCCGCCGUCAAGGAGCAGGUGGAGCAAGUAGUGGCGGAAGCCAAGCGUCUGGCGGCGCAGUUCCCGGACGCGCGCGACCACAUCAGCGUCAAGCACGAGGACACGGUGCAGGCGUGGAACGACCUGCUGGACAAGUCGGCCCAGAGGAAGGACAAGCUCGAGCAGGCUGCUGACAUCCAGGCCUACUUUGACGAGUACAGGGAUCUCAUGGCUUGGAUCAACGAGCUGCUGGCCAAGAUCACGGCCCCGGAGCUGGCGCGGGACGUGGCCGGCGCCGAGGCCCUGCUCGGCCGGCACGCCGAGUACCAGGCCGAGCUGCAGACGCGACAGGACGCCGUGGACGCGUUCAUCGCCCGCGGCCGGGAGCUCGUCAUGAGCGGCCACUUCAUGGCCAACGACAUCCAGGAGAAGGUGUCGGUGCUCGGCGCCCGGCGCGACCUGCUCGGCCAGACUUGGAACGACCGCAACGACAUCUACAAUCAGAGUCUGGACACACAGAUGUUCAAGCGGGACGCGACGCAGCUGGAGUCGUGGCUCUCGAGCCGGGAGCCGGUGCUGACGGACCCAGCCGUCGGCAGCAGCAUCGGCGAGGUCGAGGAGCUCAUUCGCCGCCACGACGACUUCCUCAAGACCAUCGAGUCGCAGGAGGACAAGUUCGACGCGCUCAAGCGCACCACGCUGCUGGAGGAGGCGUUCGCGCGCAUGCGCCGUCGGGAGGAGGAGGCGCGCGUGGCCGAGCAGAAGCGGCGCGAAGAGGAGCGGCUGCGCCAGAUCCGCCAGCAAGAGGUGGACCGCAUCACCAAGGAGCGGCGCGGUCUGGAGCUGGAGCACGAGUCCGGCGACGCCAGCCCCAGCCCCGCGGCCGACGACCGACAGCCGGGCCGGCUCGUUCACUCCGCCUCGUUUCCAGACGUUUCUGAGAGGGUGCUCCUCAAGAAUCCCAUGCUAACGGAGAAGAAGAUGGGCAGCCAGUCGAGUCUUUCUAGUCUGAAGCGAGGCGAUGUGAAGCGGGCCGAGAGCAUGAAGACGGAGAACAAGAAGGCCAAGCGGACGCCCAGCUUCACCACGCGGCGUCGCACGCAGAGCUUCCGCAAGGUCAAGAAGCUGGAGGAGGUGCAGAACCUGCCGCCAGUCGAGGUGGACGGCGUGCUGGAGCGCAAGCAAGAGCUGCAGAGCGGUGGCAAGAAGGCCACAAUCCGCAGCUGGAAGACCUACUACACAGUGCUGUGCGGCCAGCUGCUCUGCUUCUUCAAGGACGUGGACGACUUCGCCAACAGCAAGGCGGCGGCGUCGCCGCUGAUCCUCUUCCAGGCCCGCUGCGAGCGAGCGGUCAACUACACCAAGAAGAAGAAUGUGUUUCGCGUGUCGCCAACAGAUGGCUCUGAGUACCUGUUUGCGACGGAGAGCGAGGAGCAGCUGCAGGAGUGGAUCAACAAGAUCGACUUCCACGCCCAGCUGCCGCCGUCGAAGCAGCUGCUCAGCUACGACCAGCAGACGGCCGAAGCCGACUCGGAGUCGAGCCGCGAGACGUCGCCGGAGCCGGUGAGCCGCCGGCCGGCGCAUCCGGAGCCCGUCUACGCCAACCUGCCGGCGCCCCAGCAGCGGACAGCGCAGACGGAGCAGACCGGGCCGCCCAUACCGCCGCGGGACUCGGUCAGCCCGCCCACCCCGCGCGCCGCCGCCGGGGAGGGGCCCAUCUACCAGAACCGCGUCUCGGUCAUCCCAUCCAUCGAGGAGGAAAUGCACGGGCGCGAGGAGAGGAACGGCAUCCGCCGGCACUCCUCCGACUCGCGCCACCCCCACGGGGACGAGUCUGCGCCUCCGCCGCUGCCCAGCUCGGCGCCGCCGCCGUCGGCCACCCACCGACUGCACGGCCUGUCAGCCGUCGACGGAGGGGGUGACCCGAGGUCACGUCAGGCGCCGGGCGAGACCACGCUGGCGACGGGUCCAGCGCCGGCGCCGUACGCCGGCCGGACGGCCUCGCUACCCUACGGCCAGCAGCCCUCGCCGUCCGGCAGCAAUAGGUCGGCCACCAUGGACCAGAGGAAUGGCAGCGAGAGCGGUAGCGAGCACGAGGAUCGGCGCAUCGCCAAGCGCGGCUCUGUGUUCGGGUUCCUGCGCAGGAACAAAAAGGACAAGCAGCCGGCCCAAGUGUAGGCAGUCCCGGCGCCAACGCGCAUGCGCAAACGGGAGUCGGCAGCGCCGCCCGCACGUGUAUUCGAAAGUGCAAAUCAGUGCUGGAGGGAGUGAUUGUCCUCAACGUUUAGUUACUCAGCUGUGGAGGCAAAGCAUGGAGAUGAACGUGCUAUUUAAUGUUACGCUCUAGUUUACGCGCGUUAAGCUAUGUUUUAUCGUCGUUUCCGGCUUGAAUAGAAUUGCUUGCAUAAGCGCAUUAUUUUGGGUUUGCACCGCAAGUGCCGAUUUCCAUUUGAUGUUGAAUGGAUGAUCAUAUGCUGGUGUUGCAGCUGUGGCUGGCGUGUGUCUGCGAUGUCCAUGAGUACCAAAUACCUGAAGAUUGCUAGAGGCAUCUAGAUAUUUAAUUUCAGUUAUUCCGUCUUGCACAGUGCCUUCAACUUUGUACAAUUAUGCGAUUAGUCGAUUUUCGUUUCGCCUUCCACAAUAAAUGACUACAGUU